GGCUAAAAAAUAACAUCGUUUGGUUACAGGCAGGUAGAAAGACACGUCGACAAGAUUCUGUAUGAAAUUAAAUGACACUUUCUUUAUCGUGGAUAAAUCUUCGAUAGGAGUGUUGUUAGAAGUAAUUUCCAAAAAUUAAUUUAUUUAAUUGAGUGUGCAGAGCGAGUGUUGUGAAAAAUGCGUAUCAGCAAUAUACGCAGCGGACGCAUGUGCCGUGUUGCCCUUGUGUGCUUGGUCAUUUUACCCCUGCUGUAUUUACUUACCACUUGGAGCGAUAGCCAUAAGCGUGUGCAAGAAGCAUAUCAAGCCAAGUUUGGUUCCGGCCGUCGUAGUUACCAACGUUUGGAGGGUAGACCUAAAGAGGUGCCCCUUUUGAUAGAAGGUUUGGGUAACUUCGAGCCUAAAAAUUUAGAAGAUCGUGUUGGGCCGGGUGAAAACGGCGAAGCUCAUCAUUUGGCCGCUCACAAGAAAAAUGAAGCCGACGAAUCGGAAAUGGAAUAUGGCAUGAAUAUAGCUUGUUCCGAUGAAAUAUCUAUGCACCGCAGUGUUCGAGACACACGUUUGGAGGAAUGCCGACAUUGGAAUUAUCCCUUUGAUUUGCCUAAGACUAGUGUCAUUAUUGUUUUCCAUAAUGAGGGUUUUUCCGUACUCAUGCGUACCGUCCAUUCCGUAAUAGAUCGCUCACCCAAGCACGUUCUCCAUGAAAUUGUCUUGGUCGAUGAUUAUUCGGACAAAAAGAAUCUUAAGGAAAAGUUGGACGAAUAUGUUGUACAAUUCAAUGGCCUAGUGAAAUUGGUACGUAAUAAGGAGAGAGAAGGUUUGAUACGUACAAGAUCCAGGGGUGCUUCUGUGGCUACAGGUGAAGUCAUUGUCUUCUUAGAUGCUCACUGUGAAGUCAACAUUAAUUGGUUGCCACCACUAUUGGCACCCAUUUAUCGGGAUCGUACCGUAAUGACUGUGCCCAUUAUUGAUGGCAUUGACUAUAAAACAUUUGAAUAUCGUUCUGUAUACGGCAGUGAAAAUCAUUUCCGCGGUAUUUUUGAAUGGGGCAUGCUGUACAAGGAGAAUGAAGUACCUAAACGUGAACAACGUCGUAGACAACAUAAUUCAGAACCAUAUCGUAGUCCCACACAUGCUGGUGGUCUAUUUGCCAUCAAUCGGGAAUACUUUUUAGAAUUGGGAGCAUAUGACCCCGGUCUUCUUGUAUGGGGUGGUGAAAAUUUCGAAUUAAGUUUCAAAAUCUGGCAGUGUGGCGGCAGCAUUGAAUGGGUGCCUUGUUCUCAUGUAGGUCAUGUAUAUCGUGGCUUUAUGCCUUACAAUUUCGGCAAAUUGGCGCAGAAAAAGAAGGGACCCUUGAUAACUAUAAAUUAUAAGCGUGUUAUUGAGACUUGGUUUGAUGAGACGCACAAGGAAUACUUCUAUACCAGAGAGCCUUUGGCAAGAUUUUUAGAUAUGGGUGAUAUAACGGAACAAUUGGCCCUGAAGAAACGUUUAAAUUGCAAAUCAUUCCAAUGGUAUAUGGACAAUAUUGCUUAUGAUGUGUAUGACAAGUUCCCAGCACUGCCAGCCAAUUUACACUGGGGCGAAUUACGUUCGGUGGCCUCUGACAAUUGCCUCGAUUCGAUGGGCAAUCAACCGCCUGCAAUAAUGGGUUUGUCCCAUUGUCAUGGCAGUGGUAAUAAUCAACUAAUAAGACUUAAUGCUGCUGGACAAUUGGGUGUAGGCGAACGCUGCGUAGAAGCCGAUCGCCAAGGCAUUAAAUUGGCAGUCUGCCGUUUAGGUACUGUAGAUGGACCUUGGAGCUACAAUGAACAGACAAAACAUUUGCUGCAUCGUGCUCAUAAGAAAUGCGUGGCUUUACAUCCCACCACUCAACAGUUAUUUUUGGCCCACUGUGAUGCUAAUGAUGGUUAUCAACAGUGGUAUUUCAAACCUAUUAAACCCAAAUAUUAGACAAUCAAUCUAAAAAAAUACUUUUUAAACCAGAAAUGUGAAAAAUUAACUAAAUAAACGAAUGAAUGAGUGAAUGAUGAAAUGCAACAAAAAGGAGACCUAUACAACAAAAAAAUAAAAAGACACAACAAUUUAUAAGCAAUAUAUUUAUUAGGAAAUUUAAAACUAUAAAUCUAAGUUAGAAGAAAAUAGAAUGAACGCAACAUAAUUGUAUGUGAAUGUAAAGAACAAUGUGGGUUUCAAAAAAAAAAAAAAAAAAUUAUAGAUUUUUUAAAAAAAAUUAUAGACGAUUGAAAGAAUGAACUUAAAACAAAAUUUAUUGACAAAUUUUGUAGACAACAAAUCAAAAUGUGUAUUUAAAAUAUUAAUGAAUUGAAUUUAAUUAUUAGUUAAUAGCAAUCUCUUAACAUCAUUUUAAUAUGUAUGUAUUUUAAUUUUUCAGUUUUUUUAUUUUUUCAUUUAAAAUUUUAUAUGUUUAAACAAAAAUUCGUCAACAUUGCCAACUUCUUUUUAAGAAAUGUUAUAUUUAUUUAAUUACAUAUUUAAAAUAUACUAGAUCUAUACUUAAAUAAGGUAUAUGAGAUAAUGUUAUACAGCUUCCAUUUUUUCUAUCAAUUUUAAUUUGUGAUAAAUCUUGCAAAAAUCUAAUUAUUUCUAAAACUAACUGAACAUGUAAUCUCUUUUUAUUAUUAUUUUUAUUAUAAUAAGCAUUUACUUAACUAAUUUUAUUUAGGCCUUUAGCUUUUUUUUUAAAAAAAGCACGACUUUUUGAAAAAAGCAAACAACCAUUUAUAAAUGCUACUAUUACAAGUCUGAAAAUGAAAAAAAAAAGUUAAACAAAAAAUUAUUUAACAUUAAAAUAUUAAUUAAAUAAAAAUUAAAAAAAA